CGUCAGGGCGGGCGGCGGCCGCGGCCCCGCGGGGCUGUGAAGGCCGUGAGCGCCGCCGCCGUCCGCGCGGCCCCGCCUGGGAGAGCAGGGCAGGAAGAUGGCGGCGGGCGGCGGAGGCGGCGGCAGGGCCUCCUCCUCGGCCGCGUCCUCCUCGGCCGGAGCGCUGGAGGCCUCGCUCGACAGGAAGCUGCAAGCGGUGACCAACACCAUGGAGUCCAUCCAGGGCCUCUCCUCGUGGUGUCUGGAGAACAAACGGCACCACAGCACCAUCGUCUACCACUGGAUGAAGUGGCUGCGGCGCUCUGCCUUUCCUCAUCGAUUGAAUCUCUUUUACUUGGCCAACGAUGUCAUACAGAACUGCAAGAGAAAAAACGCGAUUGUGUUCCGUGAUACGUUUGCAGAAGUGCUUCCUGAAGCAGCUUCUUUAGUGAAGGAUCCGUCGGUUUCCAAAUCUAUAGAAAGAAUCUUCAAAAUCUGGGAGGACAGAAACGUGUACCCUGAGGAGACCAUUUUGGCAUUAAAAGAAGCUCUCAGUACCACUUUCAAAACUCAGAAGCAGCUGAAAGAAACUCUGAACAAACAACCGAAUAAGCCGUGGAAGAAAUCACAAACAGCAUCCGCAAACCCAAAAGCUGCUCUGAAGUCCAAGAUCGUUGCUGAAUUCAGACCACAAUCUCUCAUCGAUGAACUGCUGUUAUAUAAGCGCUCAGAAGACCAGAUAGAACUGAAAGAGAAGCAGCUUUCCACCAUGAGAGUGGAUGUAUGCAGCACUGAAACACUUAAAUGCUUAAAAGACAAAACAGGUGGGAAGAAGUUCUCCAAGGAGUUUGAAGAAGCAAGCUCAAAGCUGGAAGAGUUUGUGAAUGGCUUAGACAAGCAAGUGAAAAAUGGCCCCUCUCUAACUGAAGCCCUGGAGAACGCUGGGAUAUUUUAUGAAGCACAGUAUAAGGAAGUCAAGGUGGUAGCAAACGCUUAUAAAACAUUUGCUAAUAGAGUGAGCAAUCUGAAGAAAAAGCUGGAUCAACUGAAAGCAACGCUUCCUGAUCCGGAGGAGUCUCCUGUCCCUUCUCCAAGUAUGGAUGCCCCAUCUCCAACGGGCUCUGAGUCCCCCUUCCAGGGAAUGGGGGAAGAGGAUAACUCUCAUUCUCCAGCAGUUGGAAGCCGUAAGCCGGGAUCUCCGGAGCCCGUGACAGAUAAUCGGGAUGUGGAGGACAUGGAGCUCUCUGAUGUGGAGGAUGACACGUCUAAAAUCAUCGUGGAAGAAAGGAAAGAAAAGCAAGCUGCUCCAACUUCAGCACCUGUGAAGACUGAAAAUACCCCCAAAGUGGUGCCAUGUACCACUGCCACAGCCACAACCUCAGUGACAGUGACAGCACCUGCCCCAACUCCUCCGGCUCCAAAACCAGUGAGCUCAGCUCCCAUCUCUUCGUCACCAGCUCUUGCGUUGCCCAACCUCGCCAAUGUCGACCUGGCAAAGAUCAGCUCCAUUCUUAGCAGUUUAACUUCUGUCAUGAAAAACACAGGUGUCAGUCCUGCAUCAAGACCUUCUCCAGGAACCCCAACAAGCCCCACAACUCUUACUAGCGGCCUGAAAACUCCUGCCAUGGGGACUCCAUCUGCUCCUUCCAAUCCUUUAGCAAAUAUUCUCUCCAAAGUGGAAAUAACUCCUGAAAGUAUCCUGUCUGCUCUCUCCAAAACCCAGACUCAGACUGCACCAGCACUGCAAGGUUUGUCGUCUUUACUUCAGAGUGUUGCUGGAAAUACCAUUCAGUCCAGUGAAACUGCAUCACAGAGCACUUCGGCAUCGCCAGCCAACACAACCGUUCCUUGCUUGAAGGGAAGAAAUAUUCCUUCCAACGCUCAGUCGUUCAUAUCCAAAAAUUUUGGGUACUCUCCAAAUUCAUCAGCUGCUGAGGUUUCCUCAACUUCAGUUAAUAAGGCUCCUGUUGGACACACCGCAGGGCUUUCAAGUUCUGGUUUUAAGCCACCCACCAAUUCCCUGGGAUUUUCCAGUUCCCAUCCUCCCAGCCCUUCUUCCCUCUUAACAACAGACACUUCAAUGAGUCAACCCUCUGAAAUUUCAAAGGCGAAGCUGGAAUCGGAGCCCCCAUCUCCAAGCCUGGAGAUGAAGAUUCACAAUUUCUUGAAGGGAAAUCCUGGCUUCAGUGGUCUGAACUUGAAUAUUCCGAUUUUAAGCAGCUUAGGGUCCAACAUGGCACCGGAAAGUCACUCCUCUGACUUUCAGCGAGGUCCUACCAGCACCUCCAUGGACAACGUGGAUGGAACACCAGUCCGCGACGAGCGAAGCGGGACGCCCACCCAGGAUGAGAUGAUGGACAAGCCGACCUCCAGUAACGUCGACACUAUUUCUUUGCUCUCAAAAAUCAUGAGCCCGGGUUCUUCUACUCCCAGCAGCACGAGGUCGCCUCUUCAGAGCAGAGAUGAUGGAUAUCCCCAAGAACUUUCCAAUUCUGUGCACACCUACCGGCCCUUCAGCCUGGGCAGAGAUUCUCCGGCCGGCAUGUACAAGCAGUCUGCAGACAGCAUGGAAAUACCCUCCUCUUUAAUGGACUCCUCUCAGGAGAAGUUUUAUCCAGACACAUCUUUUCAGGAAGAUGAAGAUUACCGUGACUUUGAUUACUCCGGGCCACCGCCGUCUGCCAUGCUAAACCUGGAGAAGAAGCCGGCCAAGUCUAUUUUGAAAUCAAGUAAACUAUCUGAAGGUGCAGAGUAUCAGCCAGUCCUGCCGAGCUAUGGUCAAAGAUCGCAGGAUUUCAGCGUGAAGCCGUCGUUCCCUCAGUCAAUGAGGUCUAUCCUCGAUCAGAGCGAGGGCUGCGACACGCUGUCCACGUCCCCGGGGAUGUACGGGAGCUACGGCCUCAGGGGAAACGACUCCACCUCGGAUGGCUCCCCUUCGCCCAGCAAGAACGACGUUUUUUUCACACCAGACUCCAAUCAUAACAACUUGCCCAAACCCGUGGUGCACUCUGGCCUCUCGCAGAAGCAGUACCCGGACUCCCCCCACUCGAUUCCCCACCGGUCGCUUUUCUCUUCUCAGAGCACUCUUCCCAGCCCCGCGGGCAGAGCGCCCGCGCCAGGUGUGGACAAGUCCCUGGGCUCUUCCAUUUCUGCCACGUCCACGAUCGAAUUCAAGAACAUGCUCAAAAAUGCCUCUCGUAAACCCUCCGAGGAGAAGCAUUUCAGCCAGCUUCCUAAAAGCAGUUCAAAUGAAGGGGUUAGCCACAGCCAGGCUGGUGCUUCCAAAGGAGAGCAGCAGCAGCAGCAGCAAGAGGAGCACUACCGCAUAGAGACCAGAGUGUCGUCGUCGUGCUUGGAUUUGCCUGACAGCACUGAGGAGAAAGGAGCCCCUAUCGAGACGCUGGGCUACCACAAUGCGUCGAGCAGGGGAAUGUCCGGGGAGCCCAUCCAGACGGUGGAGUCCAUCCGAGUGCUGGGGAAAGGAAGCAGAGGACACGGACGAGAGGCGAGCAGGUCGGGGUGGUUUGAGAUAAGCAACACGGGGAGCGCCUUUGACAACGGGCCCUCGAGUGCGCCUGAGCUGCCGGGCCUGGGCGGCUUCCAGGCGCAGUACAAGGAGCGCGUGCCGCCGUUUCAGGAGAGCGUCAACAAUUUCAGAACAAACAACUUCAGCCCUGCUUUCGACCACCACAUGCCGCCUCCCAUCGCGCCUCCUCCCAUCGAGCACGGGACUCCUUUCCCAAGGGAUCCGGUCGGUCCCCCCGCCGGUCCCCCAGCCGCGCCACCCAAGGAUCACGGCAGCCUCUUCCCGAGGGAUCACUCGGUCCCUCCCCACAUGCCGCCCGUGGAUCACGCCAACCCCUUCUCGAAAGAAACCUCCUCUCCUCUCUCGCUGCCCCACGGCGUGCCCCCGCCUCCCUCCGUGGAGCACACCGGGGUCCCCUUCCCCACACCCCCGCCGCCCCCCGUCCCCGGGGAGCACGCCGGCGUCCCCUUCCCAUCGCAGCCACCGCCAGCCGGGGAGCACGGCGGCGUGCCCUUCCCCGCUCCCCCCCUCGCCGUGGAGCACGGCGGCGGCGCCUUCCCCAAGGAGCACGGUACCGUUCACCAAGGGACGAUGAAAGAGCAUUUCGGUGUGCACGCGGGACCCAGGGAGCCGAGCCAGCCCCAGCGGGACCACGGCGGCGCGCCCCUGGGCCGUGUCCGCGAAGGGGUGGCCAUGGCCUCCCUGGGCAGGGAGCAGCUGGGGCCGACCCGCAGCGUCACCCCCAUCGCUCACAGGGACGGUGCGAACCGCGGCGCCAUGAUGGUCAGAACCCCGCGGGCAGAUUUCAGGCCCCGCGAGCCCUUCAUGAACAGAGACCCCUUUCACAGCCUGAAGAGGCCGCGGCCGACUUUUGGAAGGGGUUCCCCUUUCUUUGCACCAAAACGCCCCUUCUUCCCCCCCAGGUACUGAAGCAGACGCCGAUCUCUUGAGCGAAGGUAUUGGGACGUUGUAGGAGCAGUGGAGUAGCGCUUUCACUUGAUUUUUCUUUCAUUUUUUUCUCCCCCCUCCUCGACUCCCCUCCGGCCCCCCCCCAGCCCCUUCCCCCCUC